AUCUCACUUUCAGUUCCUGCUGUAACCAACGAACGGUAGCGCUAAACACAAACACACCUAAGUGCUAAAAAAUCAUCAGAGAGAAAAAUGCCAAGCUUGCCACGAACCACAAACGAACUGGACAAUAUGACCAAGGAAGAGAGGCCAUCACAAUCUCAGAGGAAUGACUUUAAGUGGCGGCUUCAGCGCAAGAUCCUGAGAAGCCAAAUGUCAGAGAAACAUAAACCUGUGGAGAGCCAGCAAUGGUCACAAUCUCUAGAAACUCUUCUUAGAUCAAAAUCUGGUAAAACAACUUUCCAGGCCUUUCUCAAGUCUGAGUUCAGUGAUGAGAACAUUGAAUUCUGGAUGAUCUGUGAGGACUUCAAGAAAAUCAAGUGCACCUCUAGGCUAAGCUCCAGAGCCAAGAAGAUAUUCGAACGCUACAUCCAGGCUGAAGCUCCAAAAGAGAUCAACAUUGACCAUAAAACCCGGGAGCACAUCAAACAGAAUGUGCAGACCCCAACAAGGUAUUGCUUUGACGAGGCCCAGAAGAUCGUCUUUAGCCUUAUGGAAAAGGACUCGUACCCCAGGUUCCUCCGUUCUGACUUCUACAGAACCCUUCUGGAAUCAGUCGCAUAAGGAUUAAGAUGUGAUGGAUGCGACUCGGGAAAAGAGACCUGGAUAACCUGGUGGCUCUUCUUUAAGGGCUACGGCAGAAGAGUUCGAUAAGGACGAUGGCAAGGGUUGGCCUUGACCCUGGGCUUGGACAGCUGGACUGAUAUGGAUGCUCAGAACUCUGACACUGGUCACUUCUGCUUUUGGACUGGCCUCAUCUACCUACAUCUGUUUCCCUGCUGCCUUGCUGUUCUGCUACACUACAUAAGUGGACGAGGUACAUGCCCAAAAAGCUAAAUGGACUGUCAUAGGAACUACAACGGCAAAGUUCAUGAGUUGGUUGGUACUUUUUGUAAGAUGAGGAAAGUCCCCAUGGUUAUCUUUGUAUACCACUUCCACUGAUACAAUGCAUCAUAAAUGAGUACACUGUGAAAUUUCAGCAAUCUUUUGAGCUUAUUACUUGUCGCACAGUACAUGAUGAUGUGAGCAAUAUCUGGGCCAAAUUCUAUAACAGAUUACGCGAUAACGCAUGGGAGAUUAUUAUGAUAAAGAUAAUGUUAUUAUGUUCUGCUUAUGUCAUCAAUCAGUGUGAUCUGGGUCAUGGAGAAAGUGACCACAUUCUCCUAUUGGUGACUUUUAGAUGAGCAUCGUAGCAACGCUUACAUGGAGAUCGAUCAAAACUUUCAGACACUGCCAGAAGUUUGUGGUCAGCCAUCUUUGGUUAUAACGGAAUUAAAUUGUCCACUAGUGUUCACAUCACCUUGUGCAUUCUAAGUCCACAACAAGCAGAUAACGUUUCAAUGUUUUGAGCAACGUUUUAUGUUUCACAUGACAGCAUAAUUGUGGCGAGAUAAUGAUUUCCUUUUCUACCAAAAUUGAAAGAGAAGCAUGGGCACAGCUCUAGAUAGAUGUACCAGUAGUUCAUUGGACUAAGUUGCCUUUUUUAUUAGUAGUUAGUACUGGAAUUUAAAAUGUUUUUGGGAUCUCCAGACAGAAGGACAGUCGAAAGGAGGUCAAACUCCACAUGUAUAUGCAAACAAGACAGGUCAAUGACAUUCAGUAGCUCCCUUAUAGAAUUGUAGAAAUAACUUAUAUCAAUGGUGCAAAAGGUAUGACUUGUGUAUAUACAUACAUGUUUUAAAAGGAAUUACUUUUAUAUAUUGUAUAUACAUAUAUUUUUGUUCAUUGUUUUAAAUUAUGACUCCAUUAUGGACACUUUUUUUUUACUGGUUAAUGCUGGAUUUCAGUCUCCACAGAAGGACAAUUGAAAGGACUUGUCUCAUAACAAAAUGGCCUACAUCCAGUAAACCACUUAGAGUGCUUAAGAUAUUAUUUAGUGUAGAAGAUGUAAAUUUUUUGUAGUGUUUAAACAUUUUAGUUCAUUGUUUUAAAUUAUGAUUCCAUUAUGGACAUUUAUUUGGGUAUUUCACUGGAUGAAUUUCCCCAAUAUAUAAAUAUAUAGAUAUAUGAAGACUUCUCUAACUCAUACUAAGACAUAUUGAAUAUAUACAAAUAAAAACAUUCUUGUCCUCAGUUGUCAAAUGCUAUUAUGUACGUUGUUUUUUUUUUUAUUAUUAUUCGUUUUCCCUGCUAGUUUGAUUUUGCACUGAUAAUGCAUGACCCAAAAAUGCUACUGUAGAUCUUGGAUAUCCCCUAAAUUUUCUUAACCAAGUAACUGAAAGUUUGACACCACAUCACAGGAUAACAAGAGCGUUUUAGUCACAACUUCCCUGUUAGCUUGGUCGUCAUGCGCUUCAGUCAGGUGAUGGCAACUAUGGGGUAAAUUAAACAUACGCCUACACAGGUCAUGUUCCUUAUGUUUAAGGGAAUUAAAAGAUUUCAAGGUGAAACCAGAGGUACAUCAAGCUGCAUACAGGAACUAAAACAUAAAGAAAGGUUUUGUGACAUGAAUGACGUGUUCUGUAUUUAGGUUCCGAGGGCAUUUUUGAUAAUCUGAUAAAACAGCACCAUUUUUAUAAUUGAAAAGUGUGGACUUAAACAUCAAGCAAUCUUCAUCUGAAAUAUUAGCAAGAUCUAAUCUUUUAUCGUGGGGCUGUAGGAUAGAUAAACACUGAUGUAGUCGUUUAUGAUAACAAAAUUUAAUUAGAAUCUGUAGUAGAAUUUUAUUUCCACUUAUUCAGAGUCAUGGGAACAUCUGAACAUUUGCACCAUGUCUGUAGAUAUGCAGGAGAACUCAAAAACUUCAGAACAUUAAAUGAUCUUAGCAUUUAUAGCACUCUAUAAUCAUGUCACUUCUGCGUAGGGCUACAAAGACUGGGCUUUUCCAGAAUGAGAAUGUAUUAUGACCUAAAACAGGCCAUGUUUUGUGAAAAGGGUUCCUGUUAUGAUCUCAUGUGGCUUGUUUUGUCUAUUAUGCAUUUAAAAGAUGCAGCAUGAGGACCUUAAACAUUUCACUCUCAUGCACCUGCUCCAAACAACAGAUUUGACUGUAACAAAAUGGGUAGAUGAUGGCGUAGAUACAGUAUAGGAGAAACAAUAAAUGGGAGCUAUUUGCGAAAUUUAUCGGCUCUCAGAGAAUCAACUGCUACCACUCCUUCUUUGUCUUUUAUAUAGAUUAUAUAGUGCACAAACACAGGCAAAGCUUUGAUGGGGUACAUAAUCAUGGUGAUAUAAUCUCAAAGUGUCAAAUUGUAAACAAAAACAUGUAUUCAUAGCAGUUAUGGUAAUAUAAUCUUUCAUCAGAAUCUGAAUGGUUCCAUGGAAAUACAUCAUUCAAGCGCGGUGGAACUCUCAAGCACUGUCUCUAAAAACCAACUUGAAGAGCAAAGAGACAAUAAAAAGUUCUUAACUUGUUUUAUACCACAGCAGUGUUGAAUU